UUGGUUUAGAACAUUUUUGAACAAAGACUUCUUAAAUGGCCAACGAGACAGGGGAAACACAGACAGUCACACAUCUAAUAUCGUCUUUGAAGUGAAGUGAAGUGAAACUGCUGGCCUGCCGUUUUUUCCAACUCAUUCUCUAUAAAUGCAGGCUUCAUUUAUAUCGACAUUCUCCUGCCUCUGUAUUGUCAUCGAAACACCUUCAGUUACAGAUAUACGUUCACUUCUGAGGGAAAAAAAGAUCCAAGCCUCCAGCCUUGACUACAGCAUUGCGAAGAGCAAGGAGGAGAAAGAAGUAGGAGGAUGCCACGGACCGAGGGGGAGCAGCAGGGCAGUGCAGACUCCAGCAGGGGACGCAAGCAGCAGCAGGAAGAGGAGGAAGAUCAGGUGGAGCAUGCUGGGAAUUUUUGUUGGCAGGAAGGGUGCGGAUCCUCUCAGCUUCCAGCCCAGACUGAUACCACCCAGGUGUCUUUCCCUUUCCUUCUUGGACCCAGAGGAUCGUUUAUCAGCACAUCCCAACUCCAGGUGAUUCUUCUGCAACAGUGCGGAACCAAAGAGAUGAACAAACAGUUGAGCCAGCACAGACCAUCUGUCCUCCGCCGAGCGACACAGACCCAGAUCCAGGAUCUGAGCUCAAGCCCUGCCUCUGACCCCGCCUCCAUGGCAGCGUGUAAGGUAGAGUUUGGUGGGUGCAUAAGAGGGACCUCACCCCAGGCAGCCAGCCUCACCUCCCAGGACACAGGCCACACCCCAUGGCCCAGGAGCUCUGGCCUGAAGCAGGGCUCCUCCCACUCUGGGCAGAGUGACAGCCCAGCUGCCCCACUUGCAGAGGGCAGCAGUGUGCUGUUUGUGAAGGGGCAGUGCAGGUGGCCGGGCUGUAAGGAGGUUUUCAAGGAAUACCGCAGUUUCCUACAACACCUGUGUGUAGAGCACAGGCUCAGUGACCACAGCGCCUCCCAGUGGCAGAUGCAGAGAGACAGGGUGCAGCACCUGGAGAAUCAGCUCACUGUGGAGAAACAGAGACUCCUGGCCAUGCAACUCCAUCUGCACCUGCCUGAGCCCAGAUCUAUCUACUCUCUCUCUGGUACUCAGAAGGAGGGGCGGGACAGGGAGGAAAGUUUGCGGGCGCGACCUCCUCUGUCCCGUGUCAAGGACCACACACCCCCCCACAGGACCCACGGCAAGGAGGGUGAGCCACUCCCACAGGGGUACUGGCACAUCCCUGUCCACCACACCCUCCCAGGAUUCAUCCCCAGCAUUGACUGUUACAAGUACAACAACAUCAGACCACCAUACACCUACGCUGAUCUGAUCAGAUGGGCGAUUCUGGAGUCCCCAGAUAAGCAGCUGACCCUAAGUGAGAUCUAUCACUGGUUCACCAAAAUGUUCUUCUACUUUCGGCACAACACAGCCACCUGGAAGAAUGCUGUGCGGCAUAAUCUGAGCCUGCACAAGUGCUUUGUGCGCGUGGAGGGGGCAAAGGGUGCCGUGUGGACUGUGAACGAGGCCGAGUUCCAAAAGAGGAAGGGACAGAAGUUUACCAGGGAACGGGACACGAUGUGGUUCACUCCUUCUUCCUUCCUGUGCCCCCAAGAGUGCAGAAUGUCUGGUCCAACUGGAAGUCCUGGAGCUGAGCAGCACAGAGCCCACUCACAGGGUGCUGGUGUACAAUAACAUGGCAGCGCCACAGAUUUUAUAACACCCGCCAGAUACUCCACUCCUUGAUCUUAACACCCAUCCACCCAUUAUCUAACCGGUUUAUUCCUGGCCAGGGUGGGAGAGGGUGGUGGAGAUUACCCCAUCAUGCAUUUGGUGAAAGGGAGGAAUAACCCCUGGACAGUUCACCAAUCCAUUGCCGGGCACAGGCACCAUUCACUCAUACACUCAUACCUAUGGGCAGUUUAACCUAUCUAAUUAGCCUAACCUGCAUGUCUUUGGAUUGUGGGAGGAAGCGAGGUAUAAAGUUCUAUACCCCUGUAUUUGAAGCUGCAACAUAAUAAUUUGAUACAGACUUAAGAAUAUUCAUAGAGGGUGUGACCAAGUAUAGUACAGUAGCAUUGGAUUUUCUAUACUGUAAUUAGGGUCCAAAAUUUACAUUUUUAUAUCUGUCAAAGAAAUCCAAGAAUUUAUCUGGAGCCAUUUUGAAUUUUAGAAAACAUGAGAAGGUGCAGCUAUAAUUUAAAAUGUAUAAAGAUCGGUGUGAAAAUAAGUUUAUUCUGAAUAAUGUAACUUUGUUUGCAUGACAAUGCCAUGUGAGUCAUCUCUGAGCGAAAAUACGUAUAACAGACUAUGUGUCAGAUACAUUACAAGUAAAUUCUUUAAAGCUUAUUUUACCAUUUACUGUUGUUAUCCUUUAAUGUUUCCUUGUUUUAUGGAUGAGCCUUGAAGUAUGGUCUUUGCCCAAGAACGUGCAUCAGAUAUUGUGAAGAAGACAUACUGAAAGGCAGGCAGAGAUUAGCCAGUUUGCUAUUUCGCAAUUGAGAGUAGGAGCACCAUUGUCUAUCCAAUAUUGUUUUUCAGUGCUUCAUAGUAUGCAUGUGCCUGCUUAGAUUUUACAUAACCAUAGAAACACACUCAAAUAUCAUACUUACAGCAGUUAUGAAACUGUGUUGAUAAUAUAAUGACAAUCAUUGUAUGGCUUUGUGAUUACUAUAACUGUCCUAAGAACAGUUUACUGUACUAUACUAUAGUAUAAUAAAAUUCAUACACUAUGUGUUCAACGUACAGUAGCCUACAAACUGGUAUGCCCUCUUCCUCAGCUGUGUAUUUUAUUUUGAAUAUAUUGUAUGAUAAUGAUAAGUUUACAAGUUUUGUAUGUGUCAAAAAGACAAUCAUGUGUCAGAAAGUUAAUAAAUUC